CCGCCCGGCCGCGGGGGAACGGUUUGACCGGGACACAGGGCCUCGAGGAGGCUGCCGCGAUGCUCCCGUCUUUGCAGGAAUCGCUGGAUGGGGAUGAAAAGGAGCUAGAGAGCAGCGAGGAGGGUGGCUCUGCGGAGGAGCGGAGACUCGAGCUGCCACCCAGCAGCCACUACUGCCUCUACAGCUACCGCGGAAGCAGACUGACACAGCAUCGAGGGGACAGUGAUGAUGGAAGGUCAAGUGGCACAAAUGCAGAAACUCCCUCUGGCGAUGAUUUCAGCCUCUCCCUGGUGGAGACUAACCUACCAUCUGAAGUGGAGCCUGAGCUACGCGGUUUCAUUGCUAAGCGUCUUUCCAAGGGAGCGUUCUUUGAAGGGCUGGGUAAUGUUGCAUCUGUAGAGCUGAGAACUCCAGGUUACCGAGUUGGUUGUUAUUACUGCCUUUUCCAACAGGAAAAACUGCUUUCUGAGAUAGCAGCAGUGGAAUCUGAAUAUAACCCUUCCGAGUACGUGGUCUGCUUCUUAGGAGGCUCUGAAAAAGGACUGGAGCUUUUCAGGCUUGAAUUGGACAAGUAUAUUCAAGGGCUGAAAAAUAACAUGACUUGUGAGGGAAGGAGCCUGGGGAAUGAUGUCAAGUCCUAUCUGAACAGCUGGUAUGAGGAUGUGGUGUGUCCGAUUCAAAGGGUGGUUCUUCUCUUUCAGGAGAAACUGACCUUUCUGCUACAUGCCGCUCUAAGUUAUACUCCUGUUGAACUUAAAGAAUCAGAUGAAAAGACAAAGAGAGACAUUAACAGGUUUCUGAGUGUGGCCAGUCUCCAAGGACUUAUUCAUGAAGGCACUAUGACCUCUUUAUGCAUGGCCAUGACGGAGGAGCAGUGUAAGUCUGUGGUCAUUGACUGUAGCGGACCCCAGCCUCAGUUCCACAAUGCAGGAAGCAACCGUUUUUGUGAGGACUGGAUGCAGGCUUUCUUACAUGGUGCUGAAGCGGGUAACCCUUUUCUUUUCAGACAAGUUCUGGAGAACUUUAAACUAAAGGCCAUACAAGACACAAACAAUUUGAAGAGAUUUAUCCGACAGGCAGAGAUGAAUCAUUAUGCUUUGUUUAAGUGUUACAUGUUCCUUAAGAACUGUGGCAGUGGAGAUAUCCUUUUGAAGAUUGUUAAAGUGGAACAUGAAGAAAUGCCUGAAGCUAAAAGCGUGGUGGCAGUCCUUGAAGAAUUCAUGGGUGAAGUGCUUGUCUGAAGUUUUGACCCAGUGUUGAGGACACUGUUUGAUGGUGUGUAUUGAGGGUGCAUGUGUGGAACUGUGGUUGUCAUCAAUUAUAGGAUUACACUGCUCUUAAGAUGACUGGAAACACCCCAGGUUCUUCCUUUUGUACUUUUUUGUGUGUAACUUAAUUAAACACAAAAAAUAUGAGGAAUAUCUUCACUGA